GCCCGGGCUGUAGGGGGGGAGUCGUGCUGUCCCUAACCGCAGCCUCGCCGGCCCUCAGACACAGUGCCCCGGGGGUCUUCUCUCCGCGUCUCCUCCCCGGGGUGUCUUCCCCGAGGUUCUUCUCCCCGGGUCUCUCCUCUCCGGGCGUGUCUCCUCCCCAGGGUUCUCUUCCCGGGAGUUCUUCUCCCCGGGGGUCUCUCCUCUCCGAGGGUGUCUCCUCCCCGGGGUCUCGUCUCUGUCCCUCCUCCCGCCAAGCCCAGGCUGGUCCUGCCGGGUCCGCAGCGCGGGCCUUCCCUUCCGGGGGCGGCCCCCAACGCUUGGCACCGAAAGCUGGGGAGGGGUCUGCGGCCCAGGUCCCAGCUGUGGCCCUCAGUGACUUCUUGGUCCUGGUUUACUCUUCGGCGCCCAUGGAGAGUGCUGAAGGUGCCGAGCAGCACGCGCCCGAGCGGAGCGGUCCAGCCGCGGGGCCGGCCCAGAGCACGGCUCCGCGAGGGCCCCGGGAAGGCCAGGGGCAGCCCCUCUACCACGAGGAAACCAUUGAUCUCGGUGGAGACGGGUUCGGGUCAGAAGACUCGAAUAACUUGGUGGACAAGCUCGAUGAGCCCAUGAUGGAGAGCGUCCUCAUCUCUGAUUCCCCGAACAACAGCGACGAUGGCGCGGGGGACCUGGGUUGUUUGCAGGAUGUCGUGGAGACUGCGGAAGGCGGCGCAGAUCACAGACGGGAAAGCGUCGUAGAUGAAGAAGCGCUGGGCGCUCUGAGUGAUGACGGUGAAAGUGACGGAGAGGACACACCUAAAGACGUCUCGGACAUGACCUCUGACAGCAGAGCAUCGUUGAAGGAAGACCCAGAGCAAGAGGAGGUGAAAGACCUGCCCACCUGUGAGCACGAGGGUGCAGAGGACUUGGGCCCAGGGGACGCGAGGGCGCCCGCAGCGGGGCUGGCAUCAGGACUGUCCCCCCGGCAGCCGUCCCCCAAAGACGAGCCGGUGCCCAUGUGCACCAUCUUCAGCCAGCCGCUGCCCGCCGGCUCCCAGCCCCAGGUCCCGCGCGAUGGCUUUGAGUCCCAGAUGGUGAAAUCGCCCAGUUUCAGCGGCGCGAGCGAAGCGGCCGCCAGGACCCCUCCUCAGGUGGUCCAGCCGAGCCCCAGCCUGAGCAAAUUUUUUGGCGAUACAACCAGCACUAGCUCCUUGGCCUCGGACUUCUUUGAUUCCUUCACAACCUCCACCUUCAUCUCCGUCAGUAACCCCAACGCCAGCCCUUCGAUUCCAGAAAGCUUGUCUUCACUCGCCACUACCCCAGUGGGAGAAAACUCCCUGGGUUCUGCCGACCCUUCUUACUCCCCGGGGACAGAAAGAUCGGAGUCAGGUGUUUCCACAGCUUCUCUGGAAAUUCCUCAGUCUCCAAAACCGUUUUCGCAGAUCCAGGCUGUGUUUGCCGGGAGCGAGGACCCCUUUGCCACCGCCCUGAGCAUGAGCGAGAUGGACCGGAGAAAUGACGCCUGGCUUCCCGGGGAGGCGACCAGGAACGUGCUGAUUUCAGUCACCACCCAGCAGUACAGCACGGUGUUCGUGGACAAGGAGGGCCUCACCAUGCCGGGCCUCAAGUUCGACAACAUCCAGGGAGAUGCAGUUAAAGACUUAAUGCUUCGCUUCCUGGGUGAAAAAGCUGCAGCAAAGAGACAGGUCUUAAACGCCAACUCGGUAGAACAGUCUUUUGUUGGAUUGAAACAGCUCAUUAGCUGCAAGAACUGGAGGGCAGCCGUGGACCUGUGCGGGCGGCUCCUUACGGCCCACGGCCAAGGCUACGGCAAGAGCGGGCUGCCGACCAGCCACACCGCCGACUCCCUGCAGCUUUGGUUUGUGAGGCUGGCGCUGCUGGUGAAGCUGGGCCUUUUCCAGAAUGCCGAGAUGGAGUUUGAGCCCUUCGGGAACCUGGAUCAGCCAGAUCUCUAUUACGAGUACUACCCUCACGUGUACCCUGGGCGUAGGGGCUCCAUGGUCCCCUUUUCGAUGCGGAUCCUGCAUGCGGAGCUUCAGCAGUACCUGGGGAACCCCCAGGAGUCGCUGGACCGGCUGCACAGGGUGAAGGCCGUCUGCAGCAAGAUCCUGACAAACUUGGAGCAGGGCCUGGCAGAGGAUGGCAGCAUAAACUGCACAGCCCAGGAGAACAGACAAGGCGCCGUGGUUGGUGCUGGCAUAAGGCAUGAACCCUGCUCUCGGGGAGCCCCGUCGGGCCGAGACCCACCUGCAGCAAAUAACCCCAGAAAUCGACGUGAGCGUCCACAGCAAGCCUCCGUGCAGCUGUGGCGGUCCCGCCUGGGCCGGGUGACGUGCUCCAUGGCCAACUGUCUGCUGCUCAUGAAGGAUUACGUGCUGGCCGUGGACGCGUACCGCUCGGUCAUCCAGUACUUCCCGGAGCAGGAGCCCCAACUGCUGAGCUGCAUCGGCCGGAUCUUCCUCCAGAUCGGAGACAUAAAGACAGCUGAAAAGUACUUUCAAGACGUAGAGAAAGUAACACAGAAACUGGAGGGACUGCAGGGUAAAAUAAUGGUUUUAAUGAACAGAGCUUUCCUUCACCUCGGUCAGAAUAACUUUGCAGACGCCCACAGAUGCUUCACAGAGAUUCUAAAGAUUGACCCAGCAAAUGCGGUGGCCAACAACAAUGCGGCCGUGUGCCUGCUCUACCUGGGCCGACUCAAGGACUCGCUGCGGCAGCUGGAGGCCAUGACCCAGCAGGACCCGCGGCGCUGCCUGCACGAGAGCGCGCUCUUCAACCUGACCACCAUGUACGAGCUGGAGUCGUCCCGGAGUCUGCAGAAGAAGCAGGCCCUGCUCGAGGCCGUGGCCAGCAAGGAGGGGGACUGCUUCAACACGCAGUGCCUCAAGCUGGCCUAGUUCCCGCCUGACGCCCGAGCCGACAAACCCCCCGCCCUGGCGUCUGCGAGCCGGCCUUCUCCAUCCAGCCGAGGCCCAGGCCGCUCCGGCCGUUUGCACACGCGGGGUUAACGUAACCCGAGGGAGGGGGUCCAGGGCGCCUCGGCCCCUCCUGUGCAUUCCUGGAAGCUGACCUGCUUCGUGUGCUAAGCUGCGCCACGUAACACAAGCCGUUCUCGCUCCGAGCCUGAAUGUUCUAGAGGAUCCAUAGAUAGAUAAGGGGGAAGAGAGACCGUUCGUCCCCGCCCACGUCCCAAAGCUAACCGCGUCCACGCCUCUGAUCCUUUCCCAGCCUGUGCUGGUCACCUCGGACGGGCCUGGUGAAGGGUGAACGAACCCCCCGUCCUUCCUCCUCCUGCAUUUGCACAUCAGAGGGAGCGGGGGUGGGGACGCCUGGGGGUGGGUUCUGGAGAACUCGGGCCCUACUGCACAGAACAAGGGCGGGCUUCACAGUGCGGGCACGUGUUCUCUCAGGUCUGAGGGUCAGGGCGUCUGCGGUCCUGUCUACAUGGUCACUCCUGAUUUUGAAGUCUCUGAAAUACGUGAGUGCUUCUUCACUAAAGAACUCUGGCCAGGGUCCUUUAAAUGUCCAGCUAUUCUAAUACACUUUAAAAUGGAACUCACUUUAAAGACUCUGAGAUAAACAUCUAUUGCGUAAAGCAAAGCGAAGCUGUAUUUCUGGUCAUUUUUGUAAUAAAGUAAAAACACAAA